CCAAGCUCUGGCGUGUCUUGACGCGCAUCGCGACUGUACAGAGUUCAACGUCAACGCAGCCAUGGCUAAAGAAACCGGCAAGGGAAAACGAGGAGGCAAGACUGUCGGUAAGGGGAAAGGUGGGGGGAAGGCCCACGAGAGCGGGAAGAAUGUAGCACGCUCCACUCGAGCUGGCCUCCAAUUCCCCGUCGGUCGUAUUCACCGCAUGCUAAGGCGCGUCAACUAUGGGAAACGUAUUGGCUCAGGAGCGCCGGUGUACCUGGCUGCGGUUCUGGAAUAUCUGGCUGCCGAAAUCCUGGAACUUGCUGGUAACGCAGCUAGAGAUAACAAAAAACGCCGAAUCAACCCAAGGCAUAUUCAGCUAGCCGUUCGCAACGACGAGGAGCUGAACAAGUUGCUUGAUAAAGUUGUGAUAUCCGAGGGAGGUGUCGUACCUUACAUCAACCCUGCGCUCCUCCCCACCAAAUCAAAGAAACAGAGUCUUGAGAGCCAAGAAGUGUAGAUUAUAUUCAUCUCUAAUCGUUCCUAUCACCGCAUUCCGUAGUCAAAGAAAUCGUCCACGGCCCAGUGUCACUAAUGUUGCUCUGUGUGUCAUGUAGGUCACAGUUGUGACAUGUUACCCCAUACCCCACUAGUUCCUCGGCCCACCUCGGAGCGCCAGCUGGUGGUUGUCUCGAUAGGAGAGACCAGCCAACAGUAGUGCAUGCAGUCCUCAUCGAGGGGUGAGGUAACAAGAACCCUAAUUAACCCAGCGAUUCUUGCCAUCUACAUGACAAGAACAUCGAGAUUUAACAGAUCUUUACUGGUAUCGCG